CCGGCGCAUGUGACAAAUAAAAUGUGAUUUGUUGACAUAGUUGGAUCCUUCAUUUUUUUUUACACUAACGUUACACAAUAGAACAUGUAAUAACAGUCAGCCCUUGAAUGCCAGCUAACGUUAACUUGCAGAGUUGAAACAAGCUAGCUAGCUAACAUGACCUAGCAGGGAUCGAAAGCUAGCUAGUUAACGUUACCCUUUCAAAGCUGUGGUCUGGUUAGCCUGCUAGUUUGUAGCCAAUGCCAGGAAUCAAGCUAGUUAGCUUUCGUAGCGACGAAUUUAACCAAUUUGGCUAGCUAACAUCGGGAAUAUGGGGUAACGUUAGUUGCAGCGUGGUGAGGGUGAAAAUCUGCAUAGGUAGCUAGUUGUAGCAACAUGACUUUCUACAAUUUCUAGUUAGCAAUUUUGACAUCAGUAAUACUCUGGAGAAAGUGGAAACAAAAUUCGAGCAAGCCCAACCCCGAUUGACUUCAACGGCUUUAGAUACGGCUGUUUUUUCUCUCGAAUUCGAACAGACAUACGCUACAUUUUUGGUUUGCGAAAAGGACAUACGCCUUAGACCGGAUAUAGAAUUGCACAAAACCAGAUGUCCCAACCCGGAAACGAGAGAAAGGCCAACGAAGAAAGGGGCGGAGAAUGCACGUUUACAUGCACCACGUCAAAUACGUCUAAUUUCAUUGGAAACAUGUCGGCAGCUGAGAAAAUGACCAAGGAGUUUUCUGAGAAUGAUGCAUCGGAAACCGUACCUAAAGUGAAAGACUCAAGCCAGCCAGAUGAAGGUGAUGCAAAUACUGCCACAGCAGUGGUUACGAAGGACACCGAGCCGAUGGGUGGAAUGCUGUCACAGUCGCUGUUCCAGGAGAUUCAGGGUGAUGGUUCGAAAAACGGGGAGGAGAGCGAACGACUAUCAACAACAUCCUCUUCUGUGUCCAGCAGAAACCUUGCAGGACAUGCAGCGAAGACCCUUCCAUCCACAUCCUCUUCACUCUCCUCCACCACCACUUCCUCUCCACCUGGCAGAGCAAAGAUGAGUGUUUUUGGUCCUGGAAGUAAAGCUCUCCCGCCCCAUCCCUCAUCCUCCUCUCCCCAUCCCUCAUCCUCCUCUCCCCAUCCCUCAUCCUCGUCUCCCCAGACAGCAAAGAUACACCGUGCUCGCAAGACCAUGAACAGACCUCCCCCAACACAGGUGAGGUGCAUUGAGUCUCCAAUCGUGCCAGUCAACCCCACAGACCCCACGACCAGCUUCACGACAGACAGUGAUACUGCGGCAGCAAAAAGGAGAAGGUUGGGCCAAGGUUUUGACUGUACACCUGAGAAGGCAGAGAGCGCUAUAGGCACAGAGCAGAAGGAAGAUCGUGUACUCCGCGAGGCUGCGAGACGGCGUGAUAGUUGGCUGGAGGAUUUGGAGGAGGAUGCAGAUGAGGACGAGUUCCUUCUCUAUAACCCCUAUGCAAGAGACGACACGGAUGCAGCCUAUUCCGACAGCAAGGAACUCUUGAAAAAUAUGCUCUACCAGGUGUCUGAAGAUGGUAGAAUAGAGCAAAGGCUACAUGAAAGAGAUGCAGAGGAGUCUGGUAACAUGACAGAUCAUAGCUCUGAGUCGGACCCACAGAGGCAGGGCCAGAGGAACAAAGUGAGCAGCGAUUCGCCAUGGACUCGCCCAGGGCGGGGAAAGGGGAGAGAGAGAGUCGAAGGAGUAGAGGCAGGAAGAGUGUCGGCAGCAUCUGCUCUAGGUGGGUCCCGCGAGUACACAGAGGUUGCCUUGGGCUCCCUGGACAUUGCGGCUGCAGACAGCCUAACACGCUCACCUCACCACGAAGGCAGUGAUGGUGGGGAGACAGAGCGUCUGGAGGAGCUGCCUCUGUGCAGCUGCAGGAUGGAAGCACCACGCGUAGACGGCACCAGCAGACGGCCCAACAGACUCUGCAUGGCCACAGAGAGCGUCAAUGGAGAGCUGGUGGGCUGUACCAAUAUCAUUCUGAAGGGGGAGACCAUGCGCCCGUCCAGUCGGGUUUCCCUCAUGGUGCUGUGCGAGAGCCAUCGGUCACAUAUGGUCAAACAUCACUGCUGCCCUGGAUGUGGAUACUUCUGUAUCACGGGCACCUUCCUAGAGUGCUGUCCGGACCAGCGCAUCGCCCACCGCUUCCACCGGGGCUGUGUGACAGUGCUGGGCGCUGGGAGGGGUAGGGGCAUGGGCACGGGCAUGCUCUUCUGCCCCCACUGUGGCGAGGAUGCCUCGGAGGCCCAAGAGGUCACCAUCCCCCCCUCAGCAUCUGCGGUCACUGUGGUCACCACCUCCGCCUCCUCCACCACCACACCGUCCCUCCCACCCUCCAUUCCCUCGGCCCUCUCCCUGGCGGCCUCCACGGGGACGCUGAAGAACGGGAAGAGGCCAGAAGGCCCUAUCAGUGCGAGGAUGCGUGGGGUGGUAAAGAAGGACCCGGAGCAGCAGCCCCCCCAAGCCGCUGUGGCAGCCGGGCCUGUCAACGCAGCUCCCCCAGGGGAGGGGGGAGUGGACAGUGUGGGACCCUCCCUCUGUCUGCCCAAUGGGAAGCCAAUCUGUCCCAGUGCACUUCCCCCUGGGCCCAGUAGGGCAGCGCUGCAGAAGGCUAUUCUCACCCAGGACACUGAGAGGAGGAAGAAGCUGAGGUUCCACCCCCGCCAGCUCUAUCCAGCUGCCAAGCAGGGCGAGGUGCAGCGAGUUCUGCUCAUGCUCAUGGAGGGCAUAGACCCAGCCUACCAGGCUGAAUCCCAGAACAGACGCUGUGCUCUCCACGUUGCAGCCCAGAGAGGCCUGCUGGAGGUCUGCUACAUGCUGGUGCAGGCAGGCGCGAAACUGGACGUCCAAGACAAAUCCAUGAGGACCCCUCUCCUGGAGGCCAUCGUCAACAACCAUGUGGAAGUGACCAGGUACCUGGUCCAGAGUGGAGCCUGCGUCUAUCACACUGAGGAAGAUGGCUACACUGGUCUCCACCACGCAGCCAAACUGGGAAGUCUGGACAUUGUCACCCUUUUGUUGGAGACGGGACAGGUGGACAUCAACGCACAGGUGGGGAAGAGCGAGAGAGGAACACUCUUGGGCUCUAGACAGGGUGGCAACAACCAACAAGAUAGUGGAGGCUGGACUUCUAUCAUCUGGGCUGCAGAGCAUAAGCACAUCAAUGUCAUCAGAGCACUGCUUAACAGGGGAGCUGACGUCACCCUCAAGGACAAGGAGAUGAAUGUGUGUCUCCACUGGGCGUCCUUCGCAGGCUGUGUGGAGAUAGCAGAGAUGGUGCUGAAUGCUGGCUGCCAGCUGUCCUCUGUCAAUAUGCACGGGGACACUCCCCUACACAUUGCUUCAAGGGAGGGCUUCCUCGAGUGUGUCACGCUUUUCCUCUCUAGGGGGGCAGACAUUGACAUCAUGAACAGGGAGGGGGACACUCCUCUUUCUCUGGCGCGUUCCGAUUCGCCCGUCUGGGUGUCACUCCAGAUAAACCGGAAGCUGCGGAGAGGGAUAGCCAAUCGCAUGCUUCGUACAGAGAAGAUCAUCAGCAGUGACGUAGCCCAGGGGUAUGAGAACGUGCCUAUCCCCUGUGUGAACGCAGUAGAUGAUGAGGGAUGUCCCUCAGACUACAAGUACGUCUCCGAGAACUGUGAGACUUCAGCCAUGAACAUCGACCGCAACAUCACGCACUUACAGCACUGCAGCUGCACAGAUGACUGCUCCUCCAGCAACUGUCUGUGUGGACAGCUCAGUAUCCGCUGCUGGUACGACAAGGACCACCGGUUACUCCAGGAGUUCAAUAAGAUCGAACCGCCUCUCAUAUUUGAGUGUAACCUGGCGUGCUCCUGCUACCGCACCUGCAAGAACAGAGUGGUGCAGGCGGGGAUCAAGGUGCGUCUACAGUUGUACCGGACAGAGAAGAUGGGAUGGGGAGUACGGGCUCUACAGGACAUUCCCCAAGGCAGCUUCAUCUGCGAAUAUGUUGGAGAACUGAUCUCUGAUGCAGAGGCAGAUGUAAGAGAAGAUGACUCCUACCUCUUUGACCUGGACAAUAAGGAUGGGGAGGUGUACUGCAUCGAUGCCCGUUACUACGGUAACAUCAGCCGCUUCAUAAACCACCUGUGCGACCCUAACAUCAUCCCUGUGCGUGUAUUCAUGCUACACCAGGACCUGCGCUUCCCCCGCAUCGCUUUCUUCAGUUCCAGAGACAUCCUCACAGGACAGGAGCUAGGGUUUGAUUAUGGAGACCGCUUCUGGGACAUAAAGAGUAAAUACUUCACCUGCCAGUGUGGAUCAGAGAAAUGCAAACACUCAGCGGAGGCCAUCGCCUUGGAGCAGAACAGGCUCGCUCGACUGGAGGCCUGCCCAGAAUCGGAGACUGACCCUGGGCUUGCCAUGUUAGGAAACUCCUAGGCUUCCCUGGGGCCUGUUGCGUGUAUUUUUUUUACAGUCACUUCAUUUUGUACGAAUUUGUGCAUUUAUUGUUUCAGUGUGGUAGACAAAUCUUAACUCUCUUCGAUGUAUAGGGUAUAAGUGACUGGAAAAAAUGUGUCUUCUGUGUAAGACCCUUUCAUACAGUACAGUAUUGCCAUGAGAGAUCAAGUUAUGCUCACCACUUGCUGUGCCAAAUACAUACUGAAUAAUUCAUUUCACAGUACUCCACCAUGAUAGUCUACUGCUGUGAAGCAGUUGAAGUUACCAACAGCUGACUUGUGUAGUAAUGAAGUUAUGCAUAUGUCUUUGUUUUUUUUAAAACAAAGUCCCUUUUGUUUUAUGUUAUGUCAUUUAAUAAAUGUGAUUACAAAUCAACUAAUAGAUCUA